UACCGCUCGAGUGAUCUCCCUCAUGCUCCCACAACAAAAAGAAAAACAUACAGUACACUGAAGAUUUAAAAACGAGAUCGUUAAAACGUCAGCAAAUCAUUAAAAGUAAAAGCUGCAAGUAAAAUUGUUGGUCCGGGAUUCGGAAGGGAAACCUGCUCGUGAUGCAAUUCUAACUGGGGGUUUCGUUGUUACUUUGAAAAGUAGCCUACUAUAGAUGCCACGACUGUCUGGGUGAUGUUGUCUCUAGACUCACUGGUGUGCUCCACUGAAUACAGACUGUGAAGAAGCUGAAAAGGCUGUGUUUGGAACAGAGCCAAUGACCAGGAGGCUGAACUGAAGGAGAAUAAGGCCACAGAGAAUUUAUUAAAAUGGGGGCCAGUUUCCCGGAGCCUCUCUCUGAAUUAUGGUGGCUCAUACUGCAGCCAUGCCGGACGUGAAGGCCCCUCCACCAUGUGACUACCCCCCAGCGGGCUGCUCCCCCGGCCAAGGCCACGGCCUCGUGGGCUACACCUGCACCACUGGCCUCACCAUGGAUCUGGAGCCCUGCCUCAGCCUCACUGACUUCCCCCUGCCCCAACCCCUCUCUGGCUUCAGAGGCCACAGCGUACCCCCCUACCCGCCCUUCCCUGGCCAGUGCCCCUUCAUACCACGGUCUAACAGCAGUGCAUUACUCACUAACCUGGGGCUCCGGUACUGCUCCACCAACAGUGUGCAGCACCCACCCAGGGGUCCUGACUCUGGGAUGGAGUUAGGGUCAGGGUCAGGCCUGGGGCUGGACCCAGGGCCCUGUUGGAACAUGAACCAAGGCUGUGGAACUAGACUCUACCGCAGCAUGGAGAACUUGAACUGGAGUAAUUCUGUGUCUGAACCAGGCCUCUACUGUUCCCCUUAUUGUGCCCCCUACAGGGGCAGUGUGGACAGUGGGUUCAUCUUCCGCUGCACUGCCACCAGCCACUGGUACGAUGGGCCCUCGGAGGGGACAGGGCCCCAGGGCUACGGUCCUGAGAGCCUGGCGUUCUACCCCCACCCCCGCCUGGGGAGGGGUCUGGGAGGGUUGGGGAGGAAGGAGCUGCCCCUCUUCCCCCAGUGGCUGUUCCCCGGCGCAGAUGACUGGGGGGUGAACACUACCACCAAUGGCAGGAAAGGGCUAAGGGAGAAGCUCCGCCUCCAAAGCGCCAGAUCGGCAGCAGAACCCCUGAAGCCUCUUCGACCUCAGGUAACCCCAGGCAGUACCACUCCCAUCCUGAGGGGGUGUUCAGAGAGGGACUCAUCCCCCCACCAGAGGUACGUUGGGAGACCCCUGUAUGUCCGGCACCUCACCAGCCCUGAGGAAAUCAAGCAGGAGGUUCUGAGACGCCUUCAGCUCCGCCGGCAGAACAGCACCCCAAACCUGGCCCUCCAUGCCUCCCUGGAGACCCCUCAAACCCCAGACAUGGCCAUGUCCUUCACCACCGAGUCCAUCUCUGUCACUGGAAGUAAUGCUGAGCUCAUAGCCGAGCGUAAGAGGCCCCCUAUGGGCCGCCUGCACAUCCCUACCUUCAAGGAGUUUAAGAGGAUGAGACAGAGAGAGGGAGAGAGUGGACAGACAGAGAGCAGGAGUAAUGCUACUACAGUAACAACUAUAGACCAACCGCCAGAGACUGGUACAGGCAGCCAGAGCCCAGGGACAGGCAGCCAGAGCCCAGGGACAGGCAGCCAGAGCCCAGGGACAGGCAGCCAGAGCCCAGGGACAGGCAGCCAGAGCCCAGGGACAGGCAGCCAGAGCCCAGGGACAGGCAGAGACUGUAAGACUCAGACAGCUCCAUUGGGACGGCGAGACUCUCAGGCCUCUCAGGAGGAGGAGAGGGAGAGCGAGGAGAGGAGGGGCAGUGAAGGGAGCGAGGAGAGGAGGGGCAGUGAAGAAAGGGAGGAGAGGGGGAGCGGGGAGAGGAGAGGCAGUGGAGAGACUCCCACAGCCAGCACUUUGCACUCAUCCUCUCCCAUCUUCACUGGCCCUAUUCCCCAGCUAAAAGCCAACAUUCAGACCACAGUCUCUAACAAAGCUAUAUGCACAGGCCCUACUCCCCGCUCUCCCCUCCAGCCCUCCAGUAAGACCCAGGGGAAGGGGACCAUGUAUCAUACCCAGGCCCAGGACAGAAGGCCUAAUGUGGGGCUCAGUGUGCCUCGGGCCUCCCAGGUCCCCUUCCCUCCUCCACACAGGGAGAAUGCAGAGGGCCCCUCCAGCUGCUGCCCAGCCCUGCUCUUGGACAGGACUGACCUCUCCAGCUAUGGAGCCAAGAUCUACAAGAUGAAGGAUGGGUUCAUCGGCUCUGCCCUGGACCUCAUCAAGAAGAGCUGCAGUGCAGAGAUUGCAGCGGCAGAGGCCCCCAUCAGGCUGUCAGGUGACCAGGACGACAGCGCUAACAUCGCUCCCCCACCAGAUUUUCAAUCCUCCACCGUCUCCAUGACAACCACAACGGCCUGUGGAGAGGAGGCUUGCGACAAGCCUGCAGCAGGAGGAGGAGAAGAACUAACUGCAGAAUGCCACUCUGGCCUGGGCUGCAGGCGCUCCAGCUCGGACGCAGCCUAUGAACCGGCCGAAUCGGUGAGGGCCCAGCGCGAGUGCCGCCUCCGGCCCCACUACAGCGACCCCAUGCCGGCCGACGCCGCCAAGCGCAAACAGCUGGAGAUGAAAAUCGCUGCCGCUGCACGCCUCCACAGCCAGCGACGGGACAGGGACAGCGCUCCUGCCUCGGUGCGGGUCCGUUCUGAACCCCGCGGUGAAGAACGUCUAGGGAGUCUGGGUGUGACGCGUGGUGGACAGCACCGCUGGAGCACCGUGAGCAGCCUAAGUGCCGACAGUGGUGUGGUGGGCCUGUGUGACGACCGCGAUGAUGACGAUGAACCCCGGAGAGUACACCAUAGUGGAGGGGCCGAGGUGGAAAGGGUGGACAGUGGGAUUGGACCCUGCCUGGCCCGCGUCUGGAAGAGACCCUCUGCCUCUCUCAGGGCCUGGGAGGCCCAGAGACCCUGCCCAGACUGUGGCCAGAGAGACGGGCACGGGGUGGCCCGGACAGAGGGUGAGGGGACCGGUAUGUGUGAGCGCUGCUCCAAGCUGAGGACGGAGAGGAAGGAAGCCAUCUUGGAGUUCCUGAACACGGAGUCAAGUUAUGGGGAGGACCUAAGAAUCAUCAAGGAGGAGUUCUACUGUCCCAUGCAGAGCGCCGGGCUGCUGACCUCAGAACAGCUGACCGUGGUGUUCAGCAACGUUCAGGAGCUCAUAGACGUCAAUGAACGCUUCACUGAACACCUGCAGGAAAGCAUCGACCAGGCCUUCGACCAGGGAGAUGAGGACCUGCUAACAGUGUGCAUUGGAGAGAUGUUCCUGGAGUUUGUCAACAUGCUGCCAGCCUUCCAGACUUACUGCCUGCAGCAGUCCACCUCUGUCAACAUGCUCAACACCCUGGAGAAGGAGAAAGAACUGCUGAGGAUCUUCCUGGAUGUGUCCCAGAAUGACAACACAGCUCUGCGGCGUAUGAACCUGCGCUCUUUCCUCAUGGCUCCCCUUCAGAGGGUCACCAAGUACCCCCUCCUCCUGAGCCGCAUCAGCAAGGUCACCAUGGAGUGCCACCCCGACCAUGGCCGUCUCCGAGAGGCUAAGAGCCGCGUGGAGUCUCACCUGGAGCACAUCAACAUGAAGACCAAGCAGGAAGGAACGCUGACCUGGACUCUGCGUUCCUUUCGCCGCGACAGCCGCAAAAACCGCGAGGUCAUUAACAUCGAGAUGCGGGAGAUGUCCAUGAAGACUGUGGGAUGGGCCAGGGAGAACACACGCUUCAUCAUGGAGGGGCCCCUGCAGCUCUCCCAGCCUGCAGACGGACAGUGGGUGAAGAAGGGCAGUAAAGGCCUCAAGUUCCAGAACAUCCAGAGUCUGUUGAUGGUGCGUACGCAGCGGCCUGGAGAGGGUCUGUCUCAGACGGACGGCGAGGCCAAGGUGGAGCAGCAGGAGCACGGCGUGUGGGACGGUGUGCUGGUGCUCAUCAAAGACAAGAGCAGUGGCAAGUUCACCGUGCUCAGAGAACCCAUCCACCUAGCCAACUGUGUGGUGUCGGGCGACCCUGACUGCGAGGACACCUUUGAGGUGCUGGACAUACGUAAGGAGGCCUUUGUUUUUAGGGCCUCAGAUAAACCCCGGACGCAGCAGUGGUUCCGGCAAAUCAAGAGGUAUACCCGUGACCUGGGGCUGUGGAGGAAGAGGCGUAACGCACUCCCCAAUAUUAUGAUGAACACAAACCAGGGCAGGUCCUGAGACUGAGGGACACCGUUUCCCUGGCUGGAUACCAGUGUAAAUAGAUGUACUACUACUGCAAAAAGAAUUGACCAUGCUUCUGGAUGGUGGAGCGAUUUGUUUCUGAGGUUUUAGGGUGGGAUUUGUGAGGUUCCAUGUUAUGAUGAGGAUAGCACUUUUUUCUAAGAAAAACUGCAAGUGCACCAUCGUGUAACGGAACAUAUGAAGGUAUAGUUUUUAGCUUCUGUCUAAACAUUAUCAGCCACUUGGAUGACCAAAAAAAAGGAGACUUGGUUGGGCACACUGCUGGCCUUGGUUGUCAAAACUGUUUGCUCUUGAAGAAAGAGAUGUUUUCAGUAUACUGACUGACUGGUGUCUGUGUUGAAAAGCAUGGUUGAAGUUGAUGAUUGAAAAAACAUGACUCUGUAAUGCUAAUGAAAAUGCACAAAUUAGUGAAAAACUACUGUUAAAUUAUACAAUGGGGACUUGGACUACAGCUUAGUAAAAAAAGACAGGAACUUUUAUUUUACCUGACUAAGGUAAGUCAAAAUCACUGGCCUCUUCCCCCUUUCUUUUGCCCUCUGUGUCAGAAGCAAUGUCCACUGCCAGCAGAGAUCCGAGAAAUGGCAUCCAUAGUAGGAAGUCCGUCAGUGACUUCCUACUAUGGAUGCUGUGCAGACAGUGUCUGUCAGACAGUUUGAACCCAGGGUUGUGGACAUACUUGUAUCAGAGGAGGCUGGUGGGAGGAGCUAUAGGAGAACGGGCUCAUUGUAAGCACUUAAAUGGAAUGAAUGGAACGGAGUCAAACGUGGUUUCCAUGUUUGAUGUGUUCGAUACCAUUCCAUGUAUUCUAGCCAUUACAAUGAGCCUGUCCUCCUAUAGUGCCCCCCACUGAUUUGUAUCACUGUGCUGGGUGGGCUCAAGUCACAAAGAAGCAAUAAAUUGUGCAAUUUUAGCUAUUUAUUUUAGUUUCUCCACAUCUGGUCAGACUUCGUAAUUAUGGGAAAUCGAGAGCCUAUUAUCCCACCUAUGACUGUAAGUAAUGUUAUUGACACAGAUGAGCUACAGAGGUUCGGCCCUAGAAUAAUGUGCACUUGAACUUCAAGCCUAGGCCUGGUUUGGCCCCUACCAGUAUUGUCAACUGUUUAUUCAAACUCUCAAAGCCUUUACCUGUACCUGAAUGUGGUAGUACAGCAUGGCCAAAGUGGAGGUGGAAAGGCCUCAAACACGGAUCAUCCUGGACCAUGAGUUUAGUAGCUAAAGCUGACAUAGUAGCGCCAGUCAAAUGUCUUCACAGUGUGCUGUUCCAUGACAAUCAGAUGUGGAAAUUGUGAGCUUUUGUUCCUUUGGUUUUUAUUUCACUCUAAAUGAACAAAAGCAUUUCUUCUGUUGCCAGUCACAGUAAUGUUGAUAAAACUAUGAGUAUCUGGAAAUGGUCAUCAAGUCAGACUGCCCUAUGCCCCGAGGUAGCAGCAGAAAGACACUUAAAAAGCCUGCUUACAUAGCCUGGUUAUACCAGUGUGAACACUACAUUCACCAAUCUGAAAUUUAGUGAAAUCUUUUUGGAUGCCAGAAUUUACAGGCAGUUCUAAUCCAUCCAUCGGCUGCUAGUGUUCCUACAUUAUGUCAUACAUUACCUGUGCCCUUAUCUCAAAUGUGACUUCCCUUCUCCUAAAAUCUGUUUUUGUGUCUGAUGUUACUGAAUCUGAAGGCACUUUAUAAUUAAGACUACAAAGUAGAUCCAUAUUAAGGUGUGACUGUCACUCUUCAACAACGCUAUCUGCCAAUCAUGAUUUCAAAAGCUUUAUUCUGUCGGUCGUGUUGUUUAUUCACAGAGCUCUUUAUGUUAGGGAAACAUAUAGGACCACAACUGACUACAUACAGCAGGUCAAGGCAAUACUUCUUAUCAAACAAAUCUAACCUCCAUAUACUGUUUAGUCCAGGAGUAGCAUAGGUUAAGGGAGGUAGUGAAUCACUGUUUUUGGACAGAGAAUGAUGUACGGAGUGGACUACUGCCUGUCUCUUACUGUUCAUCACCUUCCAAUGGCGCUAGCACUGUUACGAUCACAGAAUUAGAAUCUCAUUCUAUUUCAAGAAUCUCAUUCUAUUUGUAUUGUUUGAAUUCUUUCAGCUUCCAUCUUGUUCCACUAAAUGAUUACUACCGUAUAUGGGAAGACCGAUGCUGUGUAAACAUUUUGAAAAUAUCCGAGACCUGCUGGACUGUCAAAUGUUUUUCCUCUGCAUUUUAGACCUGUGAUAUUUCCUUUAUGUAAGAUUUUGUGAAUUAUAUUAAAAAAUGACAUGUUAAAUA